UCCAUGGAAUCUGCCUCCCAACUUCUAGGCUCCCCCCAUGAACUCUUCAAAUCGUGGACAGCAAUUGUAGCUAAGAACUAUCCAUCUAUAUAAACCAAAAAUCAUUGCUCAACAAAUUCGUACAAACUCAAAUCAUUCUUUCAAACUCUCUCAAGUGUUGAUCGAUCUUUUUUCCUACUGUUGCAAUUUUUGUCAACUCCGACAAUGAAUCAUAGUGCUAUGGCAAAAGUCUCCGGUCUGCUUCUUAGGAAGGUCAGCCCGCAGGCCUCGAGAUUCUCGAGGCCAGCGUAUAUGGGGUGGAUGACAGUCCACCCCAUGCCGGCUCGGGAGCAGAGUACUCUAGCAUCGGGGGAUGCAAAAGAGGAGAAGCCGAUUCAAGUGCCGAAGACGGGCUCGGAAAAUGGGGAGCAAAAGGCAAUUGUGAGCUACUGGGGCGUGCCUCCGGCUAAUCUGACCAAAGAGGAUGGUUCGCCCUGGAAGUGGCACUGCUUUAGGCCAUGGGAGACCUACAAGGCAGACAUCUCCAUUGAUGUGGAAAAGCAUCACAAACCAGUGAAGUUCAUGGACAAAUUCGCCUAUUGGACUGUCCAAGCUCUCAAGAUCCCUACUCACAUGUUCUUUCAGAGAAAGCACAUGUGCCAUGCCAUGCUGCUGGAGACGGUGGCAGCGGUGCCAGGCAUGGUCGGGGGAAUGCUGUUGCACUGCCAGUCCCCGAGGCGGUUCGAGCAGAGCGGAGGUUGGAUCAAAGCCCUACUGGAAGAAGCCGAGAACGAGCGAAUGCACCUCAUGACCUUCAUCGAGCUGGCCAAGCCCCAGUGGUACGAGCGCGCCAUCGUCUUCGCCGUCCAGGGUGUAUUCUUCAACGCAUACUUCCUAACAUACUUGGCCUCCCCCAAGGUCGCCCACCGCAUCACCGGCUACCUGGAGGAGGAGGCCGUCCGCUCCUACACCGAAUUCCUCAAGGACUUGGACAAUGGCAGCUUUGAGAACGUGCCGGCCCCGGCCAUUGCCAUUGACUACUGGCGUCUGCCGGCGGAAUCAACUCUCCGGGACGUUGUGGAGGUGAUCAGGGCUGAUGAGGCGCAUCACCGGGACGUUAACCACUAUGCAUCGGUGGGUAAAAUCAUGUUGAUGUUGAAGUGUCUUAUUCCUGAUAUGAGAAAUUGUGUGAGUUUGAUUGAUUUGGGUUGCUUUUGUUUGAUUGCAGGAUAUACAAUGUCAAGGGCACCAGUUCAAGGAUGUUCCCGCACCUCUUGGAUAUCAUUAGUGGAUGUUCCUGAUUUCAUAAAGUGGAUUAUUAGAUUAAAGGUUUUAGAUUUCGUGGUUUUUUAUUUCCAUUUCCACAAUUCAUGUGGAGGUAUUCCACAUAAAUUUUUUUUUAUCUCGUGUGUAUGUAAUUGCUUCAGGAUUUAAUUUAGGUAAAAUAUUUUAAUCUUUAUAUUAUAAAUUUUUUAAAA